UACAGGCAGGGAAAUAUAAUCUAGCUGUUAAACAAUAUAAGAAGAUAAUUGAUUUUCUUGAAUAUGAAACAUCAUUAUCAGAUGAUGAUACGAAGAAAAGAAAUAUUCUUAUGUUAGCUGGAUAUCUCAAUUUAGCAAUGUGCAAUUUAAAAUUGAAUAAUUACUUAGAAGCAAUCAAAUAUUGUGACAAAGCUAUCGAACUAGACUCGGAGAAUGAAAAAGGAUACUUUCGGAGGGGAAUGGCAUAUUUUAGUCAGAAUGAAUUUGAGUUGGCGAAAAAAGACUUUCAGAAAGUGUUAAGCAUAGAUCCAAAAAAUAAAGCAGCUCAUAAUCAAAUUCUUAAUUGCAAUAAUAAGAUUAAAGCACAACUCGAUAAGGAACGUAAAACAUAUCGAAAUAUGUUUGAAAAGUUUGCAAAACAAGAUUUAGAAGAGAUGAAGAAAAAUCAAGAUGGAUCUCUAAAGACUGGAGUUUGGAUGGGAGCAGAAAAUGAAAAAAAUGAUGUAACUAUGGUAGGAGAUUCUUUAGAAGCGGGUCCUGUUCCAGGUGAAGAAGGUUCCAUGAACACAGAGAUCGAUAGGGCACCUGCAUAAAUACAAAACUGUAAAAUUAUUUACUAUUAUAGCACACCACUUAUAAAUGUAUGUGUGUUAAGAGCUAUAGAACAUGUGCUGUAUUUUAUUUUCAUUUCUUAAAUACUUUUUUAAUUUUCAUUCAA